CCGCGUUCUGUCGCCAGUUCGUGGGAUGUGAAACCGGUUCAGAUCCACCGCUAUAAAUAAUCAAAGGUGUCUCCUAAAUUCCAAAGAGGUGCGUGUAGCGUGGAAUACGUGAAGCCCGCCACUCCCUGGACAUUCAGCCAUUGACUUCAGCACCCCCGCGUGCCUCUUUUCUCUUCACCUGUCUGUCUGCAUCCACGGCUCUAUUGUGUUCACAAGCUGUCUCCCAGCUCUGUCGCUGCAAGAAUGCAAAUGAGGUAAGUUGUUGUGUGCAUGAACAGGCUUCCUCGGUGAAAGGUAAGGAGGGUUUGAAGGGAGGGGACAACCCGUCAAUUUCUUCUGAGCUGGGUGUGACCAAAAACUAUUUGAAACAAAGAGCAUUCCUGUGUGCCCCGAGUCACGGCGCCGCUGUCAUGUUGCGCACUUUUCCACUGCGGCCGACACAACGUGGAGUGAUUCGCCUGAACCGCUCAGAGAGAUCGGCGGGAUGAGUGGGACGUUUAGCGAGUGGUUUUGGUGGGACCGCCUCUGGCUGCCGGGCAACCUGACAUGGGCGGAUCUUGAGGACAAUGAUGAGUUCAUCUACGCUAAACCAUCCCACCUCUACGUCACCGUACCUUUAUCUUUAAUCUUCCUCGUAGUCAGAUACCUCUUUGAACGGUUAAUAGCGACACCGGUCGCAGCCUAUCUUGGGGUGACGGAGAAGACCAGGCGUAAACUGGAGCACAAUGCUAUUCUAGAGCACUCCUUUACCACAAAGACAAAAAACCCAGAACAGGCGGACAUAGACGGACUGUCUAAAAAAUGCAGCUGGUCAAGCAUGCAAGUGGAGCGCUGGUUCAGGAAGAGGCGGAACCAGGACCGGCCUGGAGUGCUGAAAAAAUUCAGAGAGGCCAGUUGGCGAUUGGUCUUCUACCUGGCGUCAUUUAUCAGUGGGAUUAUAGCGCUUUAUGAUAAACCCUGGUUUUAUGAUUUGCGAAAAAUAUGGAUGUCCUAUCCCAAACAGUCUUUGUUGGAGUCUCAGUACUGGUAUUAUGUUUUGGUGAUUAGCUUCUAUUUGUCGCUAGUGCUCAGCAUCACCUUUGAUGUCAAGCGAAAGGACUUCAGAGAGCAGAUCAUCCACCACUGGGCCACGUUGACACUCCUAGCUUUCUCCUGGUGUGGGAAUUACAUCCGAAUCGGGACAAUCGUUUUGCUUAUUCAUGAUGCCUCUGACAUCCUUUUGGAGGCAGCCAAGAUCUUCAACUACGCCAAGUGGGAAAGAUUCUGCAAUGGCAUCUUUGUCGUAUUUGCUUUCAUUUUCAUGGUGACACGAAUCAUAAUCUUUCCAUUUUGGAUCAUUCACUGCACGUGGGUCUAUCCACACGACCAUUACGCUCCAUUUUUUGGGUAUUACUUUUUUAACGUCGUGCUCGUCAUUCUUCUGCUGCUGCACAUAUUCUGGUGGUGUCUGAUCCUGCGCAUGGUGAAGAAGUUCCUCUUCGGAAGUCUGUUAACCAACGACGAGAGAAGCGACAAUGAAGAGGACGAGGGUGAAGAUGAAGAUGGAGAAACCAUUUCGACAGAGGACAAAGACGGACACGUGAAAGUCACCAAUGGCGGAGGAGGAGGCGUGGCUAAACGGCAUUGACGCUUCUUGUCCUCGAGACUUCCUGAAGAAAACGUGGACGACUUUGAAUUGCACUCAGGGAUGCAUGGAGCUUUGACUCCCACGCUGGGGUGUUAGACAAACAGACUCGCUGACAGUAAAACACGCUUUUAAUUUAUUGCCACGUCGAGAAUAUGCCAGAGACCUGUCAAAACGAAUUGCAUCCUUUCAUAACUCAAAAAAAAAGAAGAAAGAAAACAGCUUUUCCAUUUCGGUGGAGAUGAGGCUUUGUGUGUCUUGGCCACUUUUCUGCAGCCAAACUUUUAUAGGUAACUAAUAACAGUGUUCGCUACGGCACGAGAUUACACGGAUAAGCGCAGUAAAAGCACCAACCGGAAAAGUUUAAUAGAUUCCUCCCUGUUAAAGCUCACGGUUCACAACACACCGACUACUAUCGCCGUUCGGCAUUUCUCAUCAACGUCUCGUCUUUCACGGGCCGCUUGCCAUAGUGCCGUGUGUUAUAUCAACCUCUGCUGUCUGUGAAGUACUAAUGCGGUUCGUGAUGUGAUCUUUAACCUAUACUGUCUUUCUUAUACUGUCGUUCUGCGUCGCAGGUAGAUUUUCAUUCCACACUAUUAAAGGGAGAGAUUGCCCAAAAAUGCGAAUUUGUUCAUCGUUUAGUCACCAAAAGUAGAAGAGGGCAUCCGCUUACUUAAACAAGCUUUGCGAUGGAUGCUUCCAGUGUUGACGGCUUCGGGAACAUUUAGGUUUGAUGUGUCUGAUACAAACAGGGUGUUAUAGAAUUUAGGCUAUUGUGUGUGUGUGGAUGUAUAACAAAACUAACGUACAUAUGUGAAGAAUAUUGAAUGUAUAUUGGGAAGGUUUUAAUGACACUUUAUGAACGUGAAAUCGCUGGUUUAACAUUGAUAUCUGUGUGACUGAUUAAUGUAUGAGUGAAUGAAUUUGGUCAGAGAAAAACACUGAGCAGUGUAUUUUAGAGAGACUCACAAAUGAGCAAAUUUGAGAAUUGUAGUCCAAGAAAUGAUUUAUGCACUGACUGUGUGAAGGAUAUAUUUUAUAUUUUCAAAUGUUUUGGAUUUUGUUGUAAUAAAAAUUUGUGUCCAAUA